CUGGGCUGGGACCCAGAUGCCCUCCAUCUUUGGUGGGCGGGAUCUGAAGAGGGCCCGCCCCUGCCCAGCCCACCCCCAAGCCCUCUGCACCCACCUCUCCUGCCAGUCCUGAGCAGGAAGGUGCGGGGAGCACACCCCUGGGGAGGGGCACCUGCCAGGUGGGCCCAUAAAGAGGUGAGUAUCUGAGACCACGGCGACAAUGAGCACUUACUUUGUCCCCGCUGACAUGGGGCCUUGGCCUGCCCUGUGGGUGAUGCUCAUCCUGCUUAAAGGCCAGUCCUCAAACACCCAGCCAGGCAUGAUCUCUGUCUUACAGAGUUUCCAGGAAGACCAGUUCCAGGGGGAAUGGUUUGUUGUCGGCCUGGCGGGCAGCGCCCACAGGAAGACAGACAGUUCCGUGCUGAGCCCGUUCACUGCGACGUUCGAGAAGAAUGAAAACGGCAGCCUUAAAGUGUCAUAUGCCAUGACCCGGGGCCACCGCUGUAUCACCUGGUCUUAUGUGCUGAUCGCAGCGGCCCAGCCUGGGGGCUUCUCAGUGGACAACACAGCGGCGCCCGGGAAAGGCCCCCGAGGAGCUCCAGGUGCACUCACUGACUACAGCGAGUUUGCUCUGAUGCUGUCCAGGAGACGGUCGGGCGGCCAGAGCGUCCUCACGGUCAGCCUGCUGUGCAGGACGUGGGUGAUAGGGACCCGGGUGCUGGAGAGGUUCGUCCACCUGGUCAGAGCUCAGGGCCUCUCGGAUAACAACGUCGUCUUCCCGGACUCGGCCGGUCCCGGGCUCUCAGGCUGCGGCGGGAGCCCGGACCCAGCGUAGGUAGCUGCCCAUGGGCCUCAAAAGCCCUGGGGGAGCCCGGCGGGCCGGUCCCCCCAUCCAAGCACCCGUUGAAGGUGGACGCCGCUCCUCGCCGGCCAAGGCCUGUGUCACUGCCCCGCACUGCCCUCUUCUGCCCUCGGCAUGAAAUAAAUGCUCCGUGUUGGGAUCCAGGCGUGCGACCCACUGUGACCUCGGGUGGGUAGGGGGAGCCCGAAGUAGGGGCCUCUGAGCACACUCACCCACCCCAGCCCACCAGGCCUGUCCUUGCCCUCCAGGCUUCCUGGGGUGUGUGUGUGUGUGUGCAUGCGUGUGUGGCUUUGCAGGCCCUCGUGGAUUGCACAAGUUGGUCCCGGGACAAGGCCCCUACAUCCUCCCCACUCAGCCCCCCACUGGGCAAGUUCAUAGACCCCACCUCCAACCCCACACCCCCUCCGAGCCCUGCAGCUGCCAUGAGGGGUGCAGCUGGGGCCCCAGAACACGAGCAGGCCUCGUAUCCUCGUAUCUGGAUACAGAGGCCCCGGCCUUGGGGGCGGGGGGGGGCGCAGACAGGUUUGGCUUCCUGCCGGUGGGCACGCGGGGACGACUUCCCUAGGCCUGACCUCCACUGGGUGUACGGACCCUUCGGGUACGGAGAGCCACAGCCCGGGACUCCGGCACGCUUGUGCACACUCGAGGGCAGCUCACAGCUGCCCGACCCCAGACAGGACCAGCCCUCCCGAGUCUCCCCCCAUCUUGGCCCCCACGGCGCUCCGAGCAGGGGGGCAGCGGGCCAAGCCCAGGGCCCAAAGUGGAGCUGGCCCCACCACAGAUGAAACAACAUCUAGAGAGGUCUCUUGCUCUGUGUCAGCUCGAGUUUCUUUGGCCCGAGUGGAUGCCCCCAAUCCGGGCCUGCUCCCCCCCUCCCAAUCGAGGGUCAGCAGAAGGAAA